GACGUCGCAACCAUGGGUAUCGCAAAGAGAACGCGUAAAUUCGGGCAGGUGAAGAGGCUCAUUGGCCAACGCGAUGCCAGACUGAAGAAGAACCAAAUGGCAGGCGAAGUAGAAGCCAAGAAGAAAGAGGAAGAGAGCAAAGCGAAACGAGAAAUCCCACAAGUCUCCUCAGCCCUCUUCUUCCAAGCCAACACCGCCCUCGGGCCCCCUUACUCCGUCCUCGUCGACACGAAUUUCCUCUCGCACACGGUCCACGCCAAACUCGAGCUCGACAAGGCCCUCAUGGACCUUCUAUACGCCAAAGCCACGCCCAUAAUAACCACAUGCGUCAUGGCCGAGUUGGAGAAGCUCGGCCCAAAAUACCGCAUCGCGCUGCGGAUAGCCAGAGACGAGCGCUGGGAGCGGCUCAAGUGCGAUCACAAGGGCACGUAUGCGGAUGACUGCAUCGUCGAGAGGGUCAUGAAGCAUCGGAUUUACCUUGUUGCGACGAAUGAUAGGGAUUUGAAGCGGCGAAUCAGGAAGAUUCCCGGUGUGCCAAUUGUGUCUGUUGCCAAGGGCAAGUACGUUAUUGAGAGGCUGCCUGAUGUGCCUGAUAGUCGGUAGAAACUGCUUGGAAAUUCGGGAUUUUAUACAUAGCGAGGGCGUUUGGGGCCAUGAGAUAUCGCAUCGCUCAUCGGGUGUUUGUCGAAUAUAUUCAAAAGUCAUGAAAAGUUGAAAGAAGCACUACGGAAAUUACCAAUCUUGCACAGAUUAGGAUGAAAAUGCGCAUCUAGUCUCCCAGUGCAUUCAAUGUAUUUUGUUGUCUCCAUAUCAAACUACACGCGCUUAUCUAAAGGC